AUGGUAAUAUACCCUUCAUCUAUAGAGGCUAUUAGGGCGGUGCGUGCAGUGGAUCUCGCAAAGAAAAUGGGGCUUGAAAAGGUGAUAUUAGAAAGAGAUAGCCAAAUAAUAAAGUCUAAACUCAAAGCGACAGACCCGGACUUCUCCCCUGUUGGAACACUGAUAGAGGAAGUGCGAACAAAGCUUCAGCAAUUUCGCAAUAUUAGGAUCAUCCAUACAAUCAGAGAAAGCAACAGAGCAACACAUUGUCUUGCUAAACUAGGGAUAGGUUUGCAUCAAAGUACUACCUGGGUAGAGGAUUGUCUCGUUCAAGUCCACAUGUUGUUAAUUCUGAUGCCUCUCCUCCGUCUUAUAGCACUCUCUCUCAGUUUCUCUCCAAUGGAGGCAAAGGCAAUGGGAAUUGAAACUCAAAAAAGCCUAAAUUGUGCUAAGCUUUCAAGUUCCCAUUCUCUUUUAUCUCAUCUCUUUCAUGCUGUGUCCUUCGUUAUUGGCUUGUCCCUAGGAAUCACUGUUGGUUUCGAAUCCCGUACAUAUAUAGCUCAUCUCUUUUUGUUUUCAUCCCGGCAACCCUUAUCAUCACCACCGCCACUACCACCAUCACAACUGCUACCACAACCACCAACACCCUUCAUGCCACCGCCGCCUCCACUACCAUCAUCCCCAUAUAUUGAAUCAAAAAUACUGCUGCCCCUGAUGCACAACAUGGAUGAUGAUGUGUUGUUUUGGCGAGCAUCGUUUGUUCCGAGAGUUGAAGAAUUUCCAUUUGAGAAUGUCCCUAAAAUUGCUUUCAUGUUCUUGACAAAGGGAGCUAUACCUUUGAGUCCCUUGUGGGAAAUGUUCUUCAAAGGACAUGAGGGGCUUUACACCAUAUAUGUUCACACUCAUCCCUUUUACAAUGAUUCGGUGGCGGAGGACUCUGUUUUUUAUGGAAGAAGAAUUCCAAGCAAGCAGCCCGUAGAGUGGGGAAAGCCGACAAUGAUUGAUGCAGAGAGACGGCUUUUAGCGAACGCUCUCCUCGAUUUCACAAACCAGAGAUUCGUGUUACUCUCGGAGACUUGCAUUCCUUUAUUCAACUUUACAACAACAUAUAAUUACCUCAUCAACUCAAAUCAAAGCUAUGUAGGUUCCUAUGACGAUCCAAGGAAGGUAGGGCGUGGCAGAUACAAUCCCAAAAUGUUCCCAUCGAUUUCCAUAGCUCAAUGGCGUAAAGGCUCCCAGUGGUUUGAAGUUAGUCGCAGCCUUGCUCUCGAAAUCAUAUCAGACAAAAAAUACUACGAAAUUUUUAGUCAAUAUUGCAACCCUCCUUGCUACAUGGACGAGCAUUACAUACCAACUUUGAUCAACAUUCUUUUGCCAGAGCAAAACUCAAAUAGGAGUGUGACUUGGGUUGAUUGGUCCAAGGCUGGUCCCCACCCUGGAAAAUUUGGGAGGGGAGCUAUUUCUGAAGACCUUCUUAAUAAAGCAAGGUUUGCUGGUAACUGCAGCUAUAAUGGGAAUCUCAAUACUUCCAUGUGCUUCUUGUUUGCUAGGAAAUUCCUGCCAAACUCAUUGCAACCUUUGUUGGAGCUUUCAACUAUGUUGUUUAGUUCUAAUCAAUCCAUGAUAAGAGUGUAG